AUGCAGCCACUUCUGCUCCUGAUGGCCUUUCUUCUGGCUCCCAAGGCGCAGGUAGGUGAUGAAAUCAUCGGGGGUCAUGAGGUCAAGCCUUACUCUGGUCCCUACAAGGCAUUUCUUCGGAUCAGGAUUUCAGACAGAAAAAGAUGUGGGGGUUUCCUUGUGUGUGAGGACUUUGUGCUGACUGCAGCUCACUGCUGGGGAAGGUCCAUCACAGUCAUUCUGGGCGCCCACAACAUCAGCAAGCACUAGAGGACCCAGGAUGUCAUCCCGGUGAAAACAGCCAUCCGCCACCCAAACUAUCAUCCCAAAGUCAAUGACAUCAUGUUGCUGCAGUUGCAGAGGAAGGCCACCCUGACUGCCGCUGUGAGCCUCCUCAGGCUGCCCAGGAGGGGAGAGCAGGUGAAGCCAGGGAUGGUGUGCAGAGUGGCCGGCUGGGGACGACUCGACCUGAACACCAGCACAGACACUCUGCAUGAGGUAGAGCUGGGAAUCCAACAGGAUGAGCAGUGCAUCUCUUGCUACAGAUGCGGUUACAACAGAACCACAGAGAUCUGGGUGGGGGACCCAGAAAUGAAUCAGUCUACUUUUAAGGGCGACUCUGGGGGCCCCCUCGUGUGUGACCACAUGGCCCAGGGCAUUGUCUCCUUUGGGAAAAAAUAUGGGAAAACUCCUCAUGUUGAAACUAAGAUCUCCAGCUUUCUGCCCUGGAUAGAAAGAACAAUGAGACGUUUCAACUGCAGAGACCAGACUGAGCCACACCUACACCCUACCCCACGCAGCCCCAAUGCCAAUAUGCAGCAUAAAAGAAUCCGAAAAUUGGAUGGAGGGUCCUGUAAGAAGCUCUCGGAUAAGGGCGAGCAGCUGAAACAGAGCGACCGGCUCAGCCACGGAGACCGCGCCAUCUUGAGUGGCUGUUACCGGCAUCCAGAGAUCCACUACUAA